ACGCACACAAGUCUUGCGCCCGAUGCUCGCGGACGAUCCUUCUACGACCCAUUUUCUGUGUUUAGGAAUUUAAAUUUUUUUAAAAAAAAACAAAAACAAAACAAAUCUAUCCGCUUUCCGGAUGCCCGCUCGUUUCGGAAAGGUUGCGUUGGAUCCAUCGCCUCGAUAAGUAGGACGAGGAUUAGUGGUUUUUCUUCUCGACUAUUCUGUGUUUUUACUUUCCUCCCCCCCCCCCUCUGAGCGGAGCUCACCCGCGUGCACACGUCCACCCCCCCAUCCGAAAGAAGAGAAUCCGUCUUUGCCCCCCCACCUGUUGACAGGUGACAACAGCUCACGCGCGAACUUCUACUAUGACAUUGGACCUCAUGGAAGACAUUGUUAUCGACGUGGUGGGAGAGGGGAUCAAGGAUAACGGGGAGGAGAAGCCCCUCUUCCCCUCGGACGGGCCACGGGGGGAGCGGGAGCACCACACGGAGACUCCGGCGGUGUCGCCCGGCAGCCAGCGGGGAAGCUACAGCCCUGACGCAGCCUGCUCUCCCGCCAAGUCCAAGAGCCCCGCGGCGUCGGUGAAGCCUCCCUACUCCUACAUCGCCCUCAUCACCAUGGCGAUCCUGCAGAGCCCGAAGAAGCGCCUGACCCUGAGCGAGAUCUGCGACUUCAUCAGCCACCGCUUCGCGUACUACCGUGAGAAGUUCCCGGCCUGGCAGAACUCCAUCCGGCACAACCUGUCGCUCAACGACUGCUUCGUCAAAAUGCCCCGGGAGCCCGGCAACCCGGGCAAGGGCAACUACUGGACGCUGGACCCCAACUCCUCGGACAUGUUCGAGAACGGGAGCUUCCUGCGCCGGAGGAAGCGCUUCAAGCGGCAACACUUUCGCUUCGGCGCCCUCAAGGAGCAGCACCUGGAGCCCGGCGGGUUUCACAGCUUCGCCCACGGCGCCUCGUACGGACUCGGCGCGGCGGCCCUGCAGCUGCCCAGCGUGGACGUGUACCCGCUGGGCUUCCACCACCAUCACCACCACCACCACCACCACGGGCACCCGCCGUGCACCCCCGCCAUCCCACCUGUCAGCAGCAUCCUGCCGGCGCUCUCCAGCUUCUUCUCCCGCAACGCCCUGGCGGCCAAGGCUUUCCUGCAGUCCCAGCCCGCCUCCUCCGCCGCCGCCGCCGCCGCCGCCGCCGCCGCCGGCGCUGCGGAGCCGUUCUCCCCGUCCCAGUGCGCCGUGUUCGCCUCUCCUCCGCUCGCCUCCUCCUGCGCACCUUACGCGUCCCCGGCGCUCUUCCACCCCGUGGCGUCUCCGCACCUCCUCACUUUGCACCAAGAGUAUCAGAAACUGCAGACGCAGCGCUGCGCCGACCUGGCCGUGAAGCAGGCCGGCGGCGGCGGCGGCGGCGCCGGUGAAUGAGCCUGGUCGCGCUGCGGACUCCGGGUUCUGGUUCAUUCCCCCGUAUCUCAGGUAACAAGAGACUGGCGAGCAACUCAAGUAUCGUGGCACAAAUCUGACGCGCGGUGUUGUACACGUGUUUGAAAUCCCCCCUCCCCUCUCUUUAUCGCAAAUUCUUCUUUUAGCGGGCGCCUUUUUAAUUUUUAUUUUAU